ACAUGAAUUAAAGACUGGAGAGCCAGGUGUGUCUCUCAUGCUUGCAGUAAGCCAUGGCAACCGAUGAUAAAGUAGCCAUUUUAACAGAUGACGAAGAGGAUCAAAAGAGGAAAUAUGUGCUUUCCGAUCCCUUCAAUGGAAUUUCCAAGGAGCAAGACCUCCAAGCCCAAAGUGACACACCUUCCACAGAGACCACCACCACCAUUCCAGAUGAGGAGCUAGAUUGGCUUGAAAGGCACUGUGUCAAAGUAAACAAUGAUCUUCUGGUCUCAAAAGUCUUUUAUUUUUUCUUUUAUGCUGCUUAUGGCUCCCUCUACCCACUGUUGCCCGUUUAUUACAAACAGCUGGGUAUGUCUCCUAGCCAAAGUGGACUCCUGGUGGGAAUUAGGUACUUCAUUGAGUUCUGCAGUGCUCCUUUCUGGGGAGUGGUGGCAGAUCGCUUUAAAAAGGGGAAAGUUGUCCUCCUCUUCUCACUUCUAUGUUGGGUGUUAUUUAAUUUGGGAAUCGGGUUUGUUAAACCAGCUACUUUACGGUGCGUACCAAAGUUCCCAGUGCCAGUACAUCCUACCAAUGCCAGCCACCUUUCAAUGACCACCCUACAAAAUCUCUCCAUUUCUUCUUCACUGCCUACUGUUGGAACUACGUUACCAAAGGGCCGAGGGAAAAGAGACCUGCCCACUUACAGCUUGCCAACUUCGGGCUCAGUUUUGCCUGUGAAUCCUGAAACCAUAUUCGCUCUACCUACUCAAAAUGGAGGUGGGAAGCGUGCUUUAAAAGCAGAAGAGAGUGCAGUUACUGACAGAGCUCCAAAAGAGAUUGCUACCAUGAGACUUCCGGCAAGUGUAACAGUGUCUCCUGCUGUCACCACCAAGGCAGUGUUCCCUGAUCAGGUCACUCUUGUCUAUGAUCAUCAGGAAGUAGAAGCCAUCUUCCUGCUCAUCCUUCUGGUUGUUAUUAUCGGAGAGUUUUUCAGUGCCUCGUCAGUUACUAUUGUGGACACUGUGACCCUGCAAUAUCUUGGCAAGCACCGGGACCGUUAUGGGCUGCAGCGAAUGUGGGGCUCCCUGGGUUGGGGACUGGCCAUGCUCUCAGUGGGGAUUGGCAUUGAUUCCACCCGUAUUGAUGUGCUUAUUGAAGGCCAAGGCUGUAAAGCUCCGGAGUACAAGAACUACAGGAUUGUUUUCAUAGUCUUUGGUGUGUUGAUGACUCUUUCUUUAAUUGUGGCAACUCAGUUCCGGUUCCAUUACAACCACUACAAGCAAGAGGAAAACCAGAACAAAGAAGUAGUUGUCUCUCAGGUGGAUAGAAAUUCCUCCACAGACUCCUCUAAUGAGACCCGUAGCGACACAAGCCAGUUUCAAUCCUUUAAUUUUUGGGACUUGAUAAAGAUGCUAUGCAGUAUCCAGUAUGGCUCUGUACUAUUUGUCGCUUGGUUCAUGGGCUUUGGAUAUGGCUUUGUGUUCACCUUUCUUUAUUGGCACUUGGAAGAUCUGAAUGGCACCACCACCCUUUUCGGGGUCUGUUCUGUCCUGAGUCAUGUGUCUGAAUUGACAGCAUAUUUCUUCAGCCACAAGUUGAUUGAACUCAUUGGUCACAUCAGAGUCCUGUAUAUUGGCCUUGCCUGUAGCACAGCUCGUUAUAUUUACAUCUCCUAUCUGGAAAAUGCUUGGACGGUUUUGCCAAUGGAAGUACUUCAAGGUGUGACUCAUGCAGCCAUCUGGGCAGCUUGCAUUUCCUACCUAAGUGCAGCUGUGCCUCCAGAAUUAAGAACUUCAGCUCAAGGUAUCCUACAGGGUCUUCACCUUGGCCUGGGCAGAGGAUGUGGAGCAAUGAUUGGAGGAGUGCUGGUAAAUUAUUUUGGGGCCGCUUCAACAUUCCGAGGGAUAGGAAUGGCCUGUCUUGUGAUCCUCUUGCUUUUUGCGUUAAUCCAGUGGUUGGCGGUUCCUGACGAGAAGGAGGAAAAGACGAUGCUGGCAGAAAGGAUCCCAGUGCCUUCCAGCCCCGUGCCCAUAGCCACCAUUGAUCUUGUACAGCAACAGACGGAAGACAUCAUGCCUCGUCCGGAGCCCAGGUUUCCUCCCAAGAAAACAAAGCACCAAGAAGAACAAGAGGACGUAAACAAGCCUGCCUGGGGAGUCAGUUCUUCUCCAUGGGUUACUCUAGCCUACGCACUCUAUCAAAUAAAGGAGAUGGUUCAGCUCUCCAAAAGCAAUCAGGCCCUCGAGAACCAGCCUUUGCAGAAAGCCGACAAUAGCAAUGGCUCUGCACCAGGCAGCCCUCAGGAUCAAAGAAACAGUGAUGCAGCUGGGAAACCAUCACUAUCCACACCAACCCUUGAAACCAAGCCUAGCCCAGAUGGCCCAGUUCCUUCAGAUAGUAGCGCUCAGCCCCCUGAGGCAGGGCGUGAAUAAGGACCUCACUGCAUCCACCUCGCUGCAUUGAAUCCUGCUCUUGCCGAGAUGGAAGCUUGAAACUGCAGCUCCCUUCACCUUGUGUGACGGUUACCUGAUGCAGCAUAUGCUUUUAAAAUAUUUAAGGCUGUUUCUGUGGCAAGACCCACCUAACAAGCUUGUCCCAGGAAGGACUCUAAAGUCUUAGAAAGGUUAGGCAGAAGAGGCUAGGUUAAUAAUGACUAGCAAAGGAACUCAAUAUUCCACUGGGACACGUUUUCAACCCUUGUGGAAAGGAGGGUUGAA